AUGAAUGAUACUGACGAUGUCGCCAAUCGCCUUGCUGAGCUGCUGCGGCAUCCCGAUGACCUGGACAAGAUCACGUCGUUGAAGAGUGAAUUCACGCGCAAAAAGGCCGCUGUUGAUGGCCAGCUACGUAUAGGUCUCAAGGAGCAGCUCGAGAUCACACAGCAGGGAAUGUCCAGUAUCAACGACGGCCAACAUGCCGUCAAUCUGAUCAAGGACGAGAUGAUCAAGAUCGACCGCCUCUGUGUCGAGGCUCAGAACAUGAUUCAAGACUUUCCUUUUGUCGAUAAAGUCGCUCAGACCCACCGCAACUUUGCCCAGGUCGAAGACAUGAAGGCUCAGAUUGAAUCCUUUGGUCGCAAUCUUGACGAGCUAGAGCAGUUGCUUCGUGAAGAUGACGAUAAUACAGAGGUUCAGGAUAAUCUGCUUGCCAUACACUAUGGCUUGACAAAGCUUCGCGAUAUUCGUGAUAUGGCUCUCGAUUCGAUCAAGUCGUCUACCGAGGACUCAGGCACCGAGUUGAUCAACAAUCUUCAGCUUGGUGAAACAGGCGCCACUUUGCAAGACCAUUUCACAAGACUGGACGACGUGAUUGACUGGUUCGACGAGCAUGUGGGUAGUGCUUGUCUAAAUCUAAUCCCACUCGUACAGUCUGGAAACAAUGGAAUCAUCGUGCGCCUAGCCCUGAUCGUGGAGAAAGAGGAGGAAAAGGACCGUCAGGUCGAGGCACUCCAGCAUGCUCACCGUGAGUUCAAGGACCUAGCCUCGCGCUUCAAGUCUAUGAACGCUGGUCAGAAAGAGUUGCGUGGCUAUAAAGACAAGUUUCUGAAAGCCAUCGAGUACAACUGUCAAGCUCAAUUUGACCAAGCUGGCGAGACCUUCUUCGAGGAUCCAGACAAACUCGAGAAAAGCGUUCGAUGGUACUUCAAUGACCUCAAUACUGUCAAGCUUGGCAUGCAAAGUCUCAUGCCUAGGAAAUGGCGCAUAUUCAAGACUUAUGUUGCGAUAUACCACAGACUUAUGCACGACUUCCUCAUGUCUAAAGUGCAGGACGACCAGCUCAAUCCUCCUCACAUGUUGGCCAUCGUUCACUGGGUCAACAAAUACUAUGCAAAGAUGGACAAGCUUGGUGUGCCUUCAGAUCAGCUUCAACCGCAUGUCAUCGAUGACAGAGAAGCAGACAUCAUCCGUGAAUACCGAACACUCAUUACCAAUGCUGUCGAACAAUGGAUGGACCGUAUGUCGACCACCGACCAACAAACUUUCUUGGAGCGCAAAGAGAAUACGCUCGAUACAGACGCCGAAGGCCAUCUUCGUACCAAGACUCUGGGCGAUCUGUGGCGUAUGCUCCGUGAGCAACUCACUGUCGCAGCAUCUUCCGAUCGACCUGACGUCGUUGAAGGUGUUGUUGAAUCCAUGAUGCGUGCUCUUCAAUCAAGACGGUCAAUGUGGCAGCAACUUAUCGAUGCGGAAACUCAGAAGUACACUUCGCCUGUCGUGCCGCAUGUCGAGCAAGAUGGCUUACAACCGCUACAAGACUGGCUUGUCGCAAUUGCGAACGACCAGAUUGCUUGUAUUGACGACCAAGAAGACCACGGCCAAGUCUCUUACUUGACUACCUUCAGACGUGAGUACGAGUCGAUGGUCACGCCAGCGUACGCUCUCUCUUCCAACACCGAGCUUGACACUCUACGUGAUGGUUAUGUUGAUCUCGGCACACAUUGUAUCUCUCUGUUCACGGCGCUCAUUUUCUCGGUGGACUUUCGCGGUAUACUUGCCGAAUUCUUCACUCCGGCCUGGUACAACAAGAAGACCAUGGCUCAGAUCAUCUCCACAUUUGAAGAUUAUCUGGCCGAUUAUUCCGAUGUUCUACACCCUUCACUAAGAGACGUUCUUGUCGAAGAACUUGCCGACGAACUGCUGGUCCGAUAUUUAUCAGCUAUCCGCAAUCGCGGAGUCAAAUUCCGACGUGGAGAUCCAUUCAAUGAGAAGAUCAAGGACGAUGUUCUGACCGUGUUCAACUUCUUCUCGACUCAAGAGGCUUCUUUCCCCGCCAUCAAGGACAAAUGGAGAGCCGUCAACGCUUUCGUCGAGCUGCUCAAUGCCGAUAAAGGACCUGCAGUUGCGGACGCGUACGAACAGUUCAAAAGAGAGAACUGGGACCUACAGAUUGGCUGGGUUGAGGCUGUGCUGAGGACCCGUGAUGAUUGCGACAGAUCCUUGAUUGGACUCGUCAAAGCACGAGCAGCUGAAGUCGAGGUCGAGAGAGGCAUGGAGACAGUCAUGAGCAAAGUACGAUGA